CUCUCUUAUUGGACACUGAGUUUGGACGAGUUGCGACGGAGCAGGCAGAAGACGCUGUUAUUCCCUGUCUUAAAUGCCUUAAAACCCCUACUUAUUCUACUGCGGUCCGGAAUUUAUCUUCCAACUCUUUGUCUUCUCUUGUCGUUGCUCUUCCCAAUGGAUCUGACACUUUGGUGCCUGCUUCUGUAUAUCACCCGAUCUCUGGGUUACAACUUCGUCCCCGACGAUACCCAAGCAAUCGUAGACGUAUAAUGAGCCUGUAUUUUCCGAUAAAAUCCUUCCCUGACUGACCUGAAUGCAGCCUCGGAUUCCCGUACUCUACGACAUCUCUGCCUCCCAAACUCUGCCCUACACCAAGGCUCCCAUAUCCGGUUUCUGGGCCUCCUCCUUCCUCACAGCAUCCAAUGGCUCUCAAUAUUUUCUCGCCUCGGGACUUCUCGCCUCUCAGUCCGUCUCUGCAUAUGGAGCCUCCGUGCUCGACCUCACCACACUCCAACGCAGUGCCUACUUCCGCCCAGCCUCCUUUUCAGACACAAACCUCGAACGCUUCAAUUUCAUCACUCAGGAAUACGAAUUCUCCGGCCUUCCCCCAGACAAUAUAGACAUGAAGCUCCGCAGUAACACUAAGGAUGUCCAAUUCGAUGUUACAAUCCAUGCCACAUCCCCUGCUUUCUAUUACUGCGGCACCGGCGCAUACAACUACGUGAACGACACCAUGUACAACUGGGCGUUCUCCGCAAGCAAGACCUCAGGAAGUAUAUCAUUCCCACCUACUAAUGACUCAAGCACGAGCACCCUCGAAAGAGUCGACCUUAACCCUUCCGCCUCACUGACAUGGUACGACCGUGUCUGGGGCGCCGCAGAGCUCCGAGACGGCAACUCCACGUUCUUCAACCUCUACUUUGACAAUAGCGACUUGAUCCUCUGGGCACCGCUGGUCGAUAGCUACGAUCCGCCCUUUAUAUCGCGCAGCAGUAAUCUCCGUGCGCGUGGGCAGAACUGGCACCAGCUUGUUCCGGUGGAUUUGUUUGAGGUGGGUACCGGGGAUGCGGUUUGGACGUCGCCGCGGACAGGGUUUCAGUACCCGCAGGAGUGGAGGGUAGGAAUUGAAGGGAGGGGAGAGCUGGUUGUUAGGAGUGUUGUUGGGGACCAGGAGUUUGCUGUCGAGGGUGCGCAUGGGGAGGGCGGUGCAACAUAUAUUGGGUUUGUGACGUUUGAAGGGGUGUUUGAUGGAGAGAGCGUCACUGGGUUUGGGGGUGUUGAAUUGCGGAUGACUGCGCUUGUGUAGGAGUGAGAGUUUAGCUAUCUA